GUUUCUCAGAAAGAAGUGCGGCGGUGUGGCGCAUCCUCCCGGGCCGAGAAGAGUUCGGCUGGGCGGGUGUUGCUGGAUGGCGGGGGAGUACCACUGAUGAGAGAACGGACCAAGAAAAGGGAGUCUUUAGCGCGCAUCGUAAAGGACGGUUCUGGAUUCGCUCUGAAAGCUGUAAAACACCGGGGCAGGGUGCCUUCAUCUAUUGCGCGUGGUUACCCAGAGUGCUGUGCUUCUGAUUUCCAGCAGCAAUGUCACAGAGGAGUGGACAGGAGGACCCGGAGCGGUACCUCUUUGUGGACCGAGCCGUGGUAUACAACCCAGCCGCGCAGGCCGACUGGACUGCCAAGAGGCUGGUAUGGAUCCCAUCAGAGCGCCACGGCUUUGAGGCUGCAAGUAUUCGUGAGGAGCGUGGAGAUGAAGUGGUGGUGGAGCUUGCAGAAAAUGGGAAGAAAGCGAUGGUCAACAAGGAUGAUAUCCAGAAAAUGAAUCCACCCAAGUUCACCAAAGUAGAAGACAUGGCUGAACUUACCUGCUUGAACGAGGCAUCUGUGCUUCACAACCUCAAAGACAGAUACUACUCAGGCCUCAUCUAUACAUACUCAGGUCUCUUCUGUGUGGUCAUCAAUCCCUACAAGAACCUGCCCAUUUACUCAGAGAAUAUCAUUGAGAUGUAUCGAGGCAAGAAAAGACACGAAAUGCCCCCUCACAUAUACGCCAUCUCAGAGUCUGCAUACAGAUGCAUGCUACAAGAUCGAGAGGACCAAUCCAUUCUCUGCACAGGCGAGUCAGGAGCUGGUAAGACAGAAAACACUAAAAAGGUCAUCCAGUACCUGGCGCAUGUUGCGUCCUCUCACAAAGGAAGAAGAGACCACAACAUUCCUCCCGAAUCACCCAAACCAGUGAAGCUACAGGCACAAAAUGCAGUUAGUGGAGCCCUGCUUUAUGGUGAAUUGGAACGCCAGCUUUUACAAGCCAACCCCAUUCUUGAGUCCUUUGGGAACGCAAAGACUGUGAAAAAUGACAACUCGUCUCGUUUUGGGAAAUUCAUUCGGAUCAACUUUGAUGUUGCAGGAUACAUCGUUGGAGCCAAUAUUGAAACCUAUUUGUUAGAGAAAUCCAGAGCCAUCCGUCAAGCCAAAGAUGAGCGCACCUUCCACAUUUUUUACCAGCUGCUGGCAGGAGCCGGAGAGCACCUUAAGUCGGAUCUGCUUUUAGAAGGCUUCAAUAACUACCGUUUCCUGUCAAAUGGUAACAUCCCGAUCCCGGGCCAACAGGACAAAGACAACUUCCAGGAGACCAUGGAAGCCAUGCACAUCAUGAGCUUCGCCCAUGAGGAGAUUCUGGCCAUGUUGAAGGUGGUGUCCUCCGUCCUUCAGUUUGGGAACAUAGUUUUUAAAAAGGAGAGGAACACUGAUCAGGCCUCCAUGCCUGAUAAUACAGCUGCUCAGAAGCUGUGUCAUCUGCUGGGGCUGAAUGUGAUGGAGUUUACCAGAGCCAUCCUGACUCCCAGAAUCAAAGUGGGAAGAGAUUAUGUCCAGAAAGCACAGACCAAGGAACAGGCUGACUUUGCUGUCGAGGCUCUGGCUAAAGCAACAUACGAGCGUCUGUUCCGCUGGCUCGUCCAUCGCAUUAAUAAAGCUUUGGACAGAACCAAGAGGCAGGGAGCCUCCUUCAUUGGUAUUCUGGACAUCGCAGGUUUUGAGAUUUUCCAGGUUGACUACAAGGCAGAUGAGUGGCUGAUGAAGAACAUGGACCCUUUGAAUGACAACGUGGCCACACUUCUGCAUCAGUCCACUGACAAGUUUGUAGCUGAACUGUGGAAAGAUGUGGACAGAAUUGUGGGCCUGGACCAGGUGGCCGGGAUGAACGAGACAGCAUUCGGUGCCACCUACAAAACCAAAAAGGGCAUGUUUCGUACUGUUGGGCAACUCUACAAAGAGUCGCUCACCAAACUCAUGGCCACGCUGAGGAACACCAAUCCCAACUUUGUUCGCUGCAUCAUCCCCAACCAUGAAAAAAGAGCAGGGAAGUUGGAGCCUCACCUGGUUCUGGACCAGCUCAGGUGUAACGGGGUCUUGGAGGGGAUCCGAAUCUGCAGACAGGGAUUUCCUAACCGCAUCGUCUUCCAAGAGUUCAGACAGAGAUAUGAGAUCCUUACACCCAACGCCAUCCCCAAAGCCUUCAUGGAUGGGAAACAAGCCUGUGAAAGAAUGAUUCAAGCCCUGGAGCUGGACCCCAACCUGUACCGUAUCGGUCAGAGUAAGAUCUUCUUCAGGACGGGUGUUCUGGCUCAUCUGGAGGAGGAGAGAGACCUGAAGAUCACUGACAUCAUCAUCUACUUCCAGUCUGUGUGCCGUGGAUACUUGGCACGCAAAGCUUUUGCUAAGAAGCAGCAGCAGCUGAGUGCCCUGAAGGUCCUCCAGAGAAACUGUGCUGCUUAUCUGAAGCUGAGACACUGGCAGUGGUGGAGGCUCUUCACCAAGGUGAAGCCACUGCUGCAGGUCACCAGGCAGGAGGAGGAGCUACAAGCCAAAGACGAGGAGCUGGUGAAAGUGAAGGAGAGACAGCUCAAAGUGGAAAACGAGCUGGGGGAGAUGGAGAGGAAACAUCAGCAGCUUCUCGAGGAGAAGAAUAUUCUAGCAGAGCAGCUUCACGCAGAGACGGAGCUGUUUGCUGAGGCAGAAGAGAUGAGAGUUCGCCUCCUUUCUCGGAAGCAGGAGUUGGAGGAGAUCCUCCAUGACCUGGAGUCCAGAGUGGAGGAAGAGGAGGAGAGGAAUCAGAGUCUGCAGAAUGAGAAGAAGAAGAUGCAUUCUCACAUUCAGGAUCUGGAGGAACAACUCGAUGAGGAGGAAGCUGCGAGGCAGAAGCUGCAGCUGGAUAAAGUCACGGCUGAGGCAAAGAUCAAAAAGAUGGAGGAGGACAUUCUGCUGCUGGAGGACCAAAACUCCAAGUUCCUCAAGGAGAAGAAGCUGCUGGAGGACCGGAUUGUGGAAAUGACCACUCAGCUAACAGAAGAAGAAGAGAAAGCAAAGAAUCUUGGCAAAGUCAAGAACAAGCAGGAAAUGAUGAUGGUUGACCUCGAAGAACGUUUAAAGAAGGAAGAGAAAACGCGACAGGAGCUGGAGAAGGCCAAGCGUAAACUGGAUGCUGAAACCACCGACCUGCAGGACCAGAUUGCUGAGCUUCAGCUGCAAAUCGAGGAGCUAAAGAUACAACUGACCAAGAAGGAGGAAGAUCUACAAGUCGCUUUGGUCAGGAGCGAUGAAGAAGCUGCGCAGAAGAACAACGCCUUGAAGCAGAUUCGAGAGCUGCAGGCCCAGCUAGCUGAGCUCCAGGAGGAUCUGGAAUCAGAGAAAAUGUGUCGAAGCAAAGCUGAAAAACUGAAGCGGGAUCUGAGUGAAGAGCUGGAGGCUCUGAAGACGGAGCUGGAGGACACGCUGGACACAACAGCUGCCCAGCAGGAACUCAGGUCCAAGCGAGAGCAGGAGGUGGCAGAGCUGAAGAAGGCCUUAGAUGAGGAGACCAGAAACCAUGACGCUCAGGUCCAGGACAUGAGACAGAGACAUGCUCAAGCACUAGAGGAAGUGUCUGAACAGCUGGAACAGGCCAAGAGGUUCAAGGCCAACUUGGAGAAGAGCAAGCAGUGUCUGGAGAGUGACAACAAAGAGCUGGUCUGUGAAGUGAAGACUCUGCAGCAGGUGAAGACAGAGUCCGAAUACAAGAGGAAGAAGCUGGAGACCCAGCUGCAGGAGUUUACAACCAGAACCACGGAGGUGGAGCGAGCCAAGGGAGAGCUGACUGAACGCUCCCUGAAGCUGCAGACGGAGCUGGACAACGUUUCUGCUUUGCUAGAGGAGGCGGAGAAGAAGGGCGUCAAACUGGCUAAAGACGUCGACAGCCUGAACAGCAAGCUGCAGGAUUCUGAGGAGUUGCUUCAGGAGGAGACUCGUCAGAAACUCAACCUGGGCGCUGUAAUCCGCCAGCUGGAGGGAGAAAAACACAACCUGCUGGAGCAGCAGGAGGAGGAGGAGGAGGCCCGCCACAGCCUGGAGAAGCAGCUACAGACAGUGCAGGCUCAGCUGCUUGAGACCAAGAAAAAACUGGACGAAGAUGUAGGAGUGAUAGAAAGUCUGGAAGAGGCAAAGAGGAAACUUCAGAAGGAUGUGGAGCUCACCAACCAACGUCUGGAGGAGAAGACUAUGGCCUUGGAUAAAAUGGAGAAGACCAAGAACAGACUACAGCAGGAGCUAGAUGACCAGAUGGUGGACCUGGACCACCAGAGACAGAUUGUCUCCAACCUGGAAAAGAAGCAGAAGAAGUUUGAUCAGAUGCUAGCUGAGGAGAAGACCGUCUCUGCUCGUUACGCCGAGGAGCGUGACCGAGCCGAGGCUGAGGCCAGGGAGAAGGAGACCAAGGCUUUGUCUUUGGCCAAAGCUCUGGAGGACGCCUUGGAGGCCAAGGAGGAGCUGGAGAGGUUCAACAAGCAGCUCCGCGCUGAAAUGGAAGACCUGAUGAGCUCCAAGGAUGAUGUAGGAAAGAACGUCCAUGAGUUGGAGAAGUCCAAGCGCACCCUGGAGCAACAAGUGGCAGAGAUGAGAGUUCAGCUGGAGGAGCUGGAGGACGAGCUGCAAGCCACAGAAGAUGGCAAGCUGCGUCUGGAGGUCAACAUGCAGGCCAUGAAGGCCCAGUUCGACCGAGACCUGCAGGCCAGGGAUGAGCAGGGAGAGGAGAAGAAGAGGGCGCUCGUCAAACAGGUUCGUGAGAUGGAGGCUGAGCUGGAGGACGAGAGGAAGCAGAGAACUCUGUCUGUCGCUGCCAAGAAGAAGCUGGAGAUGGACCUGAACGAGCUGGAGGGUCAGAUCGAAGCCGCUAACAAAGGCAGGGAUGAAGCCGUGAAACAGCUCCGAAAGCUCCAGGCUCAAACGAAGGACUAUCAGAGGGAGCUGGAGGAGGCCAGAGCUGCCAGAGACGAGAUCUUCACCCAGUCCAAGGAGAACGAGAAGAAGUUUAAGAGCCUGGAGGCUGAAAUCUUACAGCUUCAGGAGGAGCACGCAGCUUCAGAGAGAGGCCGGCGUCAUGCUGAGCAGGAAAGGGACGAGUUGGCUGAUGAGAUCUCCAACAGCGCUGCUGGAAAGUCGUCGCUGCUGGAGGAGAAAAGGAGGCUCGAGGCUCGUAUCGCUCAGCUGGAGGAGGAGCUGGAGGAGGAGCAGGGCAACAUGGAGCUGCUGAACGACCGCUUUAAAAAGACGAGCAUGCAGGUGGAUGGCCUGAACGCAGAAUUGGCGGGAGAACGCAGCGUCUCACAGAAGAGUGAGAACGCUCGGCAACACGUGGAGCGGCAAAACAAGGAACUGAAGGCGAAGCUUGCAGAGCUGGAAGGAGCCGUCAAGUCCAAGUUUAAGGCGUCCAUCACUGCCCUGGAGGCCAAGCUCCUUCAGCUGGAGGAGCAGCUGGAGCAGGAAGCAAAAGAGAGAGCAGGAGCCAACAAAAUUGUCCGCCGUACAGAGAAGAAGCUGAAGGAGGUGACGCUGCAGGUGGAGGAUGAGCGUCGUCAUGCCGACCAGUACAAGGAACAGCUGGAGAAAGCCAACUCUCGCAUGAAGCAGCUGAAGCGUCAGCUGGAGGAGGCGGAGGAGGAGGCAACCAGAGCCAACGCCUCCCGCAGGAAGCUGCAGAGGGAGCUGGACGAUGCCACCGAAGCCAGCGAGGGUCUUACCAGAGAGGUCAACUCCCUCAAGAACCGCCUGAGGCGGGGCGGUCCAGCCAGCAGCUUCUCCUCCAGCCGCUCGGGCCGACGCAACCUCAUCCUGGACGGAGCCUCCGGCGACAUGUCCGAUGACGAUGCUGAGAGCCGCGCCAACGACUUCAACGAUACCCAGAGCUCUACAGUGGAGUAAACACCAGGACACGCCCCCAAGCCCCGCCCCUUCCUCCUUAACACCCCUGGACAGAUUGUUCCUCGCUGCGCCCCCACAGUCACGUUAAACCACUGACCAAUCACAAGUUUAGAGUCGAUAUAAACGUUUGUCACUUCUGCCAUGGUUCUUUGUGUUUGCUAACACUGCAGGGACCCCCCCCCCACCAAGAAAAUGCUCUGGUCCCACAGAGACACGUCUGCCUUACUGUCCUCCAGUGAACUUCUAGCCUGGUUCGUCGAUCGGCCCCGCCCCGUCAUCAGA